AUUCCUUUGAGCAUCGGAGACAUACCAACACUUUGAUCAAUUGAGUUGGAAGAUUGUAGGGCUACUGUGGUGGAUUUAGCUCGAAGAAUAGUAGAGGAACAAUUGGAACUCAGGAAUGAAGGCCCUCAACUUCACGUUCAUAAGUAAUUACAUAAAGAAUUUGUGAGCAUAGAGAUUCAGCCAUGGAGAAGAAGGUUAUCAACCGUUUCUACCAUGAACAUCCUUUGAUUCUCACAGAAAAUGUGAGUAAGGAAGAGCCUCCAAAUUGUUAUGGGUGUGGUAAUCUGGUAACGAAUUUGGAGUUGGCAUAUGUUUGCGCGGUGCAACAUUGUUUGGAUAGGAUUAUCCUCCACAAGAAAUGUGGAGAAUUACCUAGUGAAAUAUGGCACCCUAAACACCCUCAACAUCCUAUUUCCUUAUUUGAUUACCACAAUUACUUGGUUAGUCCUUGGUGUGAUCUUUGCUUGCGCGAUCUUGGUAGGGUUCUUUCGUACAGAUGUUCUAGUUGUGAUUUUGACAUCGACAUAACAUGCCCAAUAAUAAUCAUAGAUGCCAUAUUAGAAGAGAGAAGAGAGUUACAACACCCAAGUCACCCUAAUCACCCUUUGACACUGAUGAGAAAGCCCCCGUUGCCAUUUUGUUGUGAUGGUUGUGGCGUUGAAGAUGUGGACAUGGCGUAUAUAUGCAGCAUAUGUGAGUUUUGGAUUCACAAGAGUUGUGCAUCGUUGCCUCUCGUUCUCCCCAUAAAUCUCCAAUACCAUCACCAUCCUCUUUCUCUUGCCUUCACUUUUCCGGUGGAACAUCACAGAUACAUAUACAAUUGUGAUGUCUGUCUCAAAAGAUUAGGCAAAACAUGUUGGGUGUAUUUUUGCGGUGUUUGCAGAUUCUUUGCGCAUAUCAGGUGUGUUGCAUCCACGAACGUGAAGCCAGAGAGAGACUCAAAGUACUUAGAUGGCGAUGAUAAUGAUGGUAAUUCCAGUGUUAUUGAGUUCCCUCUAUAUGCGCAUGACAUAUCCAAAGAGCUGCUCACACCUUUUGUGAUGAGAGAGAAAGGUAUUAACAAAAUCCCAGAUGUAAAAGACAUGCCAAAAACAGUGAAUAUGGAGGAAACCUAUGCAAGUUUUUCAUUUUUAUUCAAUUAUCACAAGCAUCCUUUGAGUUUGGUUUUAGAGCCCCAGGAAGAAGAAGAAGAUGAUUCCAACAAAAUCGAGGGUGAAAAAGAGGAAGAGGAAGAUGAAGAUGAAGCAGAAAAUGAUGGUGAAGUGAAGAUAUGCGACGUGUGCGUAACACCCAUAUCUUCUCCUCCAUAUUAUGAGUGCUCUGUUGCUGCUGCUACUGCUUGCAAAUACUUUGUCCACUCCAUUUGCUACUUCUUACCCAACACUUUAUCAUCAUCUUCUUCUUUUUCUCGGAAUUUAUAUGGUGACUGCCCAGAAACAAAUGAUAAAAACCAUAGAUUCACACUCUAUACAAGCUCAGCAUUCACGGAUAUGGACUUUAGUCUCUUCACGUGUGAGCUUUGUAACAUCAGCACAAAUGGACGGGUGUAUGAGUGUGAAGGGUGCAAGAUGAAGAUCGAUGUCAAGUGUGCGUCUCUACCGAAAACUAUCAGACAUGAAUCUCACCCUCAUCAUCACAAACCACUAAUCUUAACUAGAAUAUCAUCAGGUGGCAAAACCAAGAAGUGCGGCUGUGGAAGAAUACUUUCCAAUUGUACUGCCUAUUGCUGCAGCAGCAGCGAUGACUGUGAUUUUGCGCUGGAACUGAAAUGUGCUAUGCUGCCCAAGAGCAUAAGAAAGCAUGAGUGGGACACUACCCAUUCAUUGCGGCUCACAUUUGAUGCCUCUCUCGACCAUCCCUCCGAUUUCUUCUGUGAUUUUUGUGAAGAAGAAUUGCAUCCCAAGAAGUGGAUGUAUCACUGUCGCCAAUGCGAUCUUUCUUUCCACCUCUUUUGCCUCAGAAGUGCAUCUGGUUGGUACAGAAACAUCAAAUUUGGGCGCCGAUUUGUGUUGGAGGGUAUUCACCCUAACCACCCUCUCACAUUCAAUUGUGUCACAAUCAAGAGAAGAUGUAAUAUUUGUGAUAUGGAUGAGUAUAACUAUGGUGGAUUGGAAUGUGCAUCAUGUAACUAUCUUGUGUGCUUAACUUGUGCUAGGAGAGAGUUAGUUAAAAAACAUGUAAAUUUCAGGUGAUGUGUAGUUGGAGAGAAUCUAACCUGUGGGCCAUUUAUUGGAUAAGGCGGCAAAGGACUACAGUUGAAUGAUGAGUCUCAGAUUCUGUUGUUUAUUUAUAAAAAUUUGUUCAGUUUCGAUGAA